UUUUUAUUUAUUUAUUCUUUGAGAUGGAGUCUCACUCUGUCACCCAGGCUGGAGUGCAGCGGCGCGAUCUCAGCUCACUGCAACCUCUGCCACCCGGGUUCAAGCAAUUCUCCUGCCUUAGCUCCCGAGUUGCUGGGAUUACAGGCGCCCGCCACUGCGCCUGGCUAAUUUUUGUACUUUUAGUAGAGACGAGGUUUCACAAUCUUGGCCAGGCUGGUCUUGAACUCCUGACCUUGAGAUCCACUUGCCAGGGCCUUCCAAAGUGCUGGGAUUACAGAUGUGAGCCACCGUGCCUGGCCCAGGCUAAUUUUUUAAAGUUUUAAUAGAGGCAAGGUCUUGCUGUAUUGCCCGGGUUGCUCUCACAUUCCUGGCCUUAAGCCAUCCUCCUGUCUCGGCCUCACAAAGUGCUGGGAUUACAGGUGUAAGCCACUGUGCCUGGCCUUGGAAAAGUUUCUUUUCCUCACUGUGUCUCGAUUUCUCACAUGUUGAAUGGGGAUACCCUUGUUGCCUACGUCCAAGUAAUUGUAUGACAAUGAAACUCAUAGCUUGUCAGUGGGAAGUGCUUAGGUAAUGAGCUACUAGUGGUGGCAGUGGCUGUGACGGUGGUAUUAAUACCGCUCCCAUUGGAUGGUCUCUAAUACUAUCUCCUUCCUUCCCUACCAGCAACAUGUCAUGGUUUAGUGGCCUCCUGGUCCCUAAAGUGGAUGAACGGAAAACAGCCUGGGGUGAACGCAAUGGGCAGAAGCGUUCACGGCGCUGUGGCACUCGGGCAGGUGGCUUCUGCACGCCCCGCUAUAUGAGCUGCCUCCGGGAUGCAGAGCCACCCAGCCCCACCCCUGCGGGCCCCCCUCGGUGCCCCUGGCAGGAUGACGCCUUCAUCCGGAGGGGCGGCCCGGGCAAGGGCAAGGAGUUGGGGCUGCGGGCAGUGGCCCUGGGCUUCGAGGACACAGAGGUGACAACGACAGUGGGCGGGACAGCUGAGGUGGCGCCCGACGCGGUGCCCAGGAGUGGGCGAUCCUGCUGGCGCCGUCUGGUGCAGGUGUUCCAGUCGAAGCAGUUCCGUUCGGCCAAGCUGGAGCGCCUGUACCAGCGGUACUUCUUCCAGAUGAACCAGAGCAGCCUGACGCUGCUGAUGGCGGUGCUGGUGCUGCUCACGGCGGUGCUGCUGGCUUUCCACGCGGCGCCCACCCGCCCUCAGCCUGCCUAUGUGGCCCUGCUGGCCUGCGCCGCUGCCCUGUUCCUGGGGCUCAUGGUGGUGUGUAACCGGCAUAGCUUCCGCCAGGACUCCAUGUGGGUGGUGAGCUACGUGGUGCUGGGCAUCCUGGCGGCAGUGCAGGUCGGGAGUGCCCUCGCAGCAGACCCACGAAGCCCCUCUGCGGGCCUCUGGUGCCCUGUGUUCUUCGUCUACAUCGCCUACACGCUCCUCCCCAUCCGCAUGCGGGCUGCGGUCCUCAGCGGCCUGGGCCUCUCCGCCCUGCAUUUGAUCUUGGCCUGGCAACUUAACCGUGGUGAUGCCUUCCUCUGGAAGCAGCUCGGUGCCAAUGUGCUGCUGUUCCUCUGCACCAACGUCAUUGGCAUCUGCACACACUAUCCAGCAGAGGUGUCUCAGCGCCAGGCCUUUCAGGAGACCCGCGGUUACAUCCAGGCCCGGCUCCACCUGCAGCAUGAGAAUCGGCAGCAGGAGCGGCUGCUGCUGUCGGUGUUGCCCCAGCAUGUUGCCAUGGAGAUGAAAGAAGACAUCAACACAAAAAAAGAAGACAUGAUGUUCCACAAAAUCUACAUACAGAAGCAUGACAAUGUCAGCAUCCUGUUUGCAGACAUUGAGGGCUUCACCAGCCUGGCAUCCCAGUGCACUGCACAGGAGCUGGUCAUGACCCUGAAUGAGCUCUUUGCCCGGUUUGACAAGCUGGCUGCGGAGAAUCACUGCCUGAGGAUCAAGAUCUUGGGGGACUGUUACUACUGUGUGUCAGGGCUGCCGGAGGCCCGGGCCGACCAUGCCCACUGCUGUGUGGAGAUGGGGGUAGACAUGAUCGAGGCCAUCUCGCUGGUACGUGAGGUGACAGGUGUGAAUGUGAACAUGCGCGUGGGCAUCCACAGCGGGCGCGUGCACUGCGGCGUCCUUGGCUUGCGGAAAUGGCAGUUCGAUGUGUGGUCCAAUGAUGUGACCCUGGCCAACCACAUGGAGGCAGGAGGCCGGGCUGGCCGCAUCCACAUCACUCGGGCAACACUGCAGUACCUGAAUGGGGACUACGAGGUGGAGCCAGGCCGUGGUGGCGAGCGCAACGCAUACCUCAAGGAGCAGCACAUUGAGACUUUCCUCAUCCUGGGCGCCAGCCAGAAACGGAAAGAGGAGAAGGCCAUGCUGGCCAAGCUGCAGCGGACUCGGGCCAACUCCAUGGAAGGGCUGAUGCCGCGCUGGGUGCCUGAUCGUGCCUUCUCCCGGACCAAGGACUCCAAGGCCUUCCGCCAGAUGGGCAUUGAUGAUUCCAGCAAAGACAACCGGGGCACCCAAGAUGCCCUGAACCCUGAGGAUGAGGUGGAUGAGUUCCUGAGCCGUGCCAUCGAUGCCCGCAGCAUUGAUCAGCUGCGGAAGGACCAUGUGCGCCGGUUUCUGCUCACCUUCCAGAGAGAGGAUCUUGAGAAGAAGUACUCCCGGAAGGUGGAUCCCCGCUUCGGAGCCUACGUUGCCUGUGCCCUGUUGGUCUUCUGCUUCAUCUGCUUCAUCCAGCUUCUCAUCUUCCCACACUCCAUCCUGAUGCUUGGGAUCUAUGCCAGCAUCUUCCUGCUGCUGCUGGUCACCGUGCUGACCUGUGCCGUGUACUCCUGUGGUUCUCUGUUCCCUAAGGCCCUGCAACGUCUGUCCCGCAGCAUCGUUCGCUCACGGGCACAUAGCACCGCAGUUGGCAUCUUUUCCGUCCUGCUUGUGUUUACUUCUGCCAUUGCCAACAUGUUCACCUGUAAUCACACCCCUAUACGGACCUGUGCAGCCCGGAUGCUGAAUUUAACACCUGCUGACAUCACUGCCUGCCACCUGCAGCAGCUCAAUUACUCUCUGGGCCUGGAUGCUCCCCUGUGUGAGGGCACCACGCCCACCUGCAGCUUCCCUGAGUACUUCAUCGGGAGCGUGCUGCUGAGUCUCUUGGCCAGCUCUGUCUUCCUGCACAUCAGCAGCAUCGGGAAGUUGGCCAUGGUCUUUGUCUUGGGGCUCAUCUAUUUGGUGCUGCUUCUGCUGGGUCCCCCAGCCACCAUCUUUGACAACUAUGACCUACUGCUUGGCGUCCAUGGCUUGGCUUCUUCCAAUGAGACCUUUGAUGGGCUGGACUGUCCAGCUGCAGGGAGGGUGGCCCUCAAAUAUAUGACCCCUGUGAUUCUGCUGGUGUUUGCGCUGGCGCUGUAUCUGCAUGCUCAGCAGGUGGAGUCGACUGCCCGCCUAGACUUCCUCUGGAAACUACAGGCAACAGGGGAGAAGGAGGAGAUGGAGGAGCUACAGGCAUACAACCGGAGGCUGCUGCAUAACAUUCUGCCCAAGGACGUGGCCGCCCACUUCCUGGCCCGGGAGCGCCGCAAUGAUGAACUCUACUAUCAGUCGUGUGAGUGUGUGGCUGUUAUGUUUGCCUCCAUUGCCAACUUCUCUGAGUUCUAUGUGGAGCUGGAGGCAAACAAUGAGGGUGUCGAGUGCCUGCGGCUGCUCAACGAGAUCAUCGCUGACUUUGAUGAGAUCAUCAGCGAGGAGCGGUUCCGGCAGCUGGAAAAGAUCAAGACAAUUGGUAGCACCUACAUGGCUGCCUCAGGGCUGAACGCCAGCACCUACGAUCAGGUGGGCCGCUCCCACAUCACUGCCCUGGCUGACUAUGCCAUGCGGCUCAUGGAGCAGAUGAAGCACAUCAAUGAGCACUCCUUCAACAAUUUCCAGAUGAAGAUUGGGCUGAACAUGGGCCCAGUCGUGGCAGGUGUCAUCGGGGCUCGGAAGCCGCAGUAUGACAUCUGGGGGAACACAGUGAAUGUCUCUAGUCGUAUGGACAGCACGGGGGUCCCCGACCGAAUCCAGGUGACCACGGACCUGUACCAGGUUCUAGCUGCCAAGGGCUACCAGCUGGAGUGUCGAGGGGUGGUCAAGGUGAAGGGCAAGGGGGAGAUGACCACCUACUUCCUCAAUGGGGGCCCCAGCAGUUAGCAGGACCCAGCCACAAAUUCAGCUGAAGGGAUCAAGCAGGCUGUGCUUGGAUCAUGAUUGUCUACCCUCAAGCUGGAAAACAAGGGGCUACCUACCAAGAGGAUUAUGCAAGUGACUUUCUUUCUUACUUGGGGUAGGGCUAUUCGCUCUCCAAUCUUCCAGCUUUUGGGAGCAGGGGAGGGGUCAGUAGCAGAAGCAGAGGGAGGCCUCUUGCCUGAGGGAUUAAAAUGGCAGCUUGCCAUGCCUACCCUUCCCUGUCUGUCUGGGCAGCAGAUUCAGGGCUGGGCCCUUCUUUUCCCUCUUUUUUCCUGGGAAUAUUUUGUACAAUAUUUUGUACAAAGACAGGCAUGAGGAGUGCCUAUUCCAUGCUUGCCUUUGCAAUACCUGCGUCCCCAGCACUGGUCCUGGGCACUUCCCCACCGCAGCCAGGUGUCCCUCCUAGGCACAGAGCAGAGGAGGGAGAUACUCUGGGGAGCCAGCUUUGGCCAUAUUUCAGGAGAAUGUUUCCAUGUGCCAAAUUCUAGUCCCACAAUCUGUCCCCAAAGGGGAACAAAGGGACCUCUGACAGCUUAGAUUUAGCCCCAGUUCCUGCACGCUCCAGGGAACGGGGCGUCUGGCCUCACUGGUACUGUGAAAAUGCUCAGAGAGCAAGCCUGUGUGUGGGGAUAUCAGGUCAGGAGCUGGCAGUUCACCUGCAGGUGCCAAAGAGCAGGCAGGCCAGGGCUGGGGCGGUGCCAGACUCUGAUCUGAGGACCCCGAUGGGGUCCAGAUCAGGUCACUCUGCCCCAGUGCUCUCUUGCUGUCUACUGGCAAGGGGGCAUGGAGCAUCUCUCCCUCUUCUGUUGCCAAAUAGAAAAGGGUCAGGGCAUGCAGAAAGAUGACCCUGAUCCCAAACCUGCCCUCCCAAGUCUCUGGCGUUGGGGAGGGCCUGUGUGUUUGUGUAACUGUGUGUGCAUGUUGGUCUUUGUGUGCAUAUCUGUUUUCCAGGUCUGUGUGAGUCCUUGUGCUCCUGCUCCUCAGCUCUCCACCCCAGGUUGCGUCUCUCCUGUGGGCCUCUGUCUUCUGGGAAUAAAGCAGGGUUUCCUAUUUCAGGGGAUGUAGAGAGAUGCCCAGAUUACACAGGAGUGGGAUGGGGUGUGGUAGCAAAAGGAGGGAGAGGAGUCCUUUUUGUGCCAAAUCCCUAAGUGCCGUUUGGGGGCCAUGUGUGCAGCAUGACUCUCCCUGUCUGUGGCAGGGACCCAAGCGCUUGCUUGAGCCCCAGUGCUCCAUGCUAGCACUUGAACUGUCUGGGGUUUGAUGGACAGAGGCUCAGGAAUUUCCUGGCUUCCCCAGAUAGUGUCCUGGGACAUGGUAUGCUUUGGGGCUGGGGUAGCAUGGAAUCCCUCUGAGGACCCGGAUACUGGUACUAUUGGGUGGGGAAGAGGAACCUUAAACUUGGCUUUCUCCAGUCUUCAGCCUGAGUCUAGCAUGUUUCUGGCUCCCCAGCCCCUUGUGAAACCUUGGGGGCUGGCAGAAGGGUUAGGAGGUUGAACUCUAGAUUCCCUUCCUAUCUUUGCCUUCCUUUUACCCCUUUCCCUGCAACCUCUUUGACUGUGGCCUGAAUUUGUUGGUCCCUCAGUUUCUCUGUCUGUACCUAUUUAAGCCAAAGGCACUAGCCUGAAUUUUGCUUGAAGAUCACUUUGUCUUGGAAAUGACUAGAGAGGCAGAGGAGAAGGGUUUCCAGAGUUACUGGGUUUGGGAGUGGAAGGGGCAGGCAGUGCACUUGCCCCUCCUCAUGCCCCUCUGACACCAGCUCCCUGUGGAGGCCUGGUUUCUGGGUACUGCCUCCCUUGGGCAUCUUCAUGCAUCAACCAAAUGGGCCAUCAGGUACUUCAUUAGUCAUGGCAGAAGGAGGGGAAAAGACUUGUUUUUCCAGACAGAAAGUCUACUCCCCUGCCCCCAGCCAUAGCCCUGGAUAGGAAGGGAUAGGAAGAGACUACUUGGUGCCAUGGGGUAGGGGUGAGGGUAUAAGUAGAUCAGAGUGGGAAGACCUCAGCCUUGGGUGGCUUGUCUCUGCUUUUUGCCAGGUGGGAGGGCCUGUCCACACCCUGGCUCCCCGUACCACAGUGCCAGCCAUGCCCUUCCCCUGGGCAACCAUUGCCCCUUUCCUCACCCAGUUGGUGGAGGAGUCAGGAGAUGGGAGGCCAUGGGCUUUGGUUUUGUAAUGUAACCACUGUGGGGGUGAGGGAGGAUGGUGUACCAUGUAUUUCAGUGAAAUAUUUAAUAUAUUUAAAUAUCAAUAAAAUCAAACUCUUUGUAAAA